GGGGGCCUCUGCCAUUGCGGGAGGCAGGCUUUGGAUGAGCAGAUGCCUGCACACCACGGUGAAGCUUCUGAGGAAAACUGGAGCUGAGCAGAGGUGGUUGGAGCGGCACUUGAAGGAUCCCUUUGUCAAGGCAGCGAAGCAGCAGCAUUACCGUUGCCGAAGUGCCUUCAAGUUGCUGGAAAUUGAUAACAAGCUCUGUGUUCUUCGUCCGGGACUUGCUGUUCUUGACUGUGGAGCAGCACCUGGUGCUUGGAGCCAGGUUGCUGUAGAGAGGGUCAAUGCCUUAGGUACUGAUCCUGCUGUCCCCACCGGCUUUGUGCUUGGCGUUGACCUGCUGCGGAUUUCUCCUCUGCAAGGAGCAGUUUUCCUGUCCCAGACGGACAUUGCAGACCCCAGCACGCUGAGGGCAAUCCAGAGCCUGCUUCCCUUGGGGAAGGCAGAUGUCAUCCUGAGUGACAUGGCACCCAACGCCACAGGCAUUAAAGAACUGGAUCAUCAGAAGCUGGUCAGUCUGUGUUUAAGCCUUCUGGAUAUAUCCCAACACAUUUUAAAGCCAAAAGGAACAAUGCUCUGUAAAUUCUGGGAUGGAUCUGAGGCCCGUCUCCUGCAAAACAGACUGAAGGAACAGUUCCAGGAUGUGAGAACUAUAAAGCCUGAGGCCAGCCGGAAGGACUCUGCGGAAUCUUAUUACUUGGCAAGGCUGUACAGAGGGAAAUGAAAGUCAAGGACUGCAGAUUCUCUGACAUUGAUUGGAAAUCUCAAUUUAGUGGGUGUUUAAAGGAAAAUCCCGCCAUUAAGACCCUGGGAAAAUUUGCUACUCUUCUUUAAGUCCAUAAAGCUUUUCAAGUACUUGUGGACAAAAUGGUUGGGAAUGGAGAGGAAUAAUCUGAAAGGCAAAC